AUGGAUUAAAUAUUUUCAUUUUUUGAAAAUAAAUAAACAGAGAAAAUAGAUUACAAAAAUUUUGUUUAAUCUAUUUUGUAAACAAAUAAUGUUUUUAAAUUAUUUUCCGAAAAUUUAAAUAAGUAAAACAAUAUAUUUUUUUAUCGAAAAUUAUAUAAUAUAUAAAAAGUUCUAAUAAAUAAGAUAAUACUAAUUAAUAAAAAAGCAAUCUCUCAUAGAACAAUUAAUAAUUGUAAUUAUAAAUGUUUUUUUUUUUAAAAAAAAUUACAUACAUAAAAAAUAAAUAGUUUAGAAUAAUUUUCUUAAAAAAUUUAAUAGUAAUUAAAAUAAAGAGGAUUAUAAGGUUUAAUUGCUUUAGCUUUAAUGUUUAAAGUAAUUAUAAAUACAAAAAAAAAAAACGAAAAAAAAAAAACAAACAAAAAAUAGAGCUUCACAAAAAAUGGAAAAAAUUAAAUUAACUAUGAAGAAUUCGAAAAUGCAUUAAAAUAAUUUAAAAUUUAAGAAGAACCACAAAUUCUUAAUUAAGUUUUUUUAUCUUUUAAUAAAAAUAAUGAUGGAUAUAUCAAUUAUGAAGAUUUUUUAAAUUUAAUUAAGGUAAUAAAAAAAUAAAAAGCCAAAUUUAAACUAAAAAAAAUCUAAUUUAAUUAAAAAAAAAAAAAAAGCUUCCAUUAAAUUAAUUCAGAAAAAAUAUAAUAACCUAAAUAUUUAACUCUAUAGAAGGAUAAAAUAAAGGAAUUAUAAAUACCUAAAAAAUUAAAUAAGCAUUUAAUCCUUUUAAUCAUCCUCAAGUAUAGUAAAAUGUUAAAUCAUAAAAUGAUAUAAAUUUUGAAUUUAGAACUUGUAUUGAAAGUUAUUUAGACUUUAGAGUAAAAAUAAAUAAAAAAUAAAAAUUAAAUUAAUUAAAUAAAGGAUUUUCAUAAUGAUAAAAUGACAUUAGAAGAUUUUCUUGAAUUUUAUUCUUUCUAACUCCAUAAUUGGCCAAAAGACGAAGAAUUCUAAAGCUAUAUGAUUUCUGUGUGGAAAAAAGAUUCAUCCAAUAAAAAUAACUAGAGAUUUAUAUAAUUUUAAUAAUCAGAAAAUACCUCAUAAGAUUUAUCACCAUUAAAGACUCCUUAAUAAGAUAAAUAAUUACCUUUAUAAUAAUAAAUAUAAAAUAAUUAAUUAAAUAAAGAAACACUUUCUUAAAUCUCAAAAUAAAGUAAAUACGAUGAUAAUCUCAAUAAAAUGAGUGCAUAUUCGUAAGCAAGUUAUUAAACUUCAUGUUCCUAAUAUAUGAAAUAAAAUAACGUUUCUAAAAGAUAAAUAGAACUUAUUUUAAAAAGAAUAAAAAACAGACUUGCAAGUAGAGGACCUAAAGGAUUUUUAUAAAUUGAAAAAUUAUUCAAAGUAAAAAAUAAAAUUAUAUAUAUCCAUAUUUAUUUUAAAUUUAAAAAAUAAAAAUAAGAUGAAUAAUAAUAAUAAUGA